AUGGCUCUGACAAAUUGUCCUUUUUACAACCUUCUCCUUCAGGAAACAGAGCCCGAGCAAAAGUUCUUAAACCAUGCCGUCGCCAGGCUAGAAAAACGGAAUGUCGACCUCUCACUUUUCAUGAAGGACCAGUCUGUGCAUGAUUGUAUGAUACUGCGGCCAGCCCAGAUAAUCGCGCGUCUCUGCAAGGUGUUCGACAAGUUGGACAAGAAAAACCUCUCUUAUCAAGUCUCGGUUGAUAUCUUCAAAAAUAUCGCAGCUCCUAUCAUUCGAAUCCAAAACGGCCCGUUUUCACUCACUCAGUGCAUCGAACUCGCAGGUUCUGCCUUGCCCAUCGUCACCAACCACCUCACAGUCUACCUCCGGGAGGUAUUGACGUUGCUCUUGGAAAAGAAGAAUAUGUUCGAACAGCUUUUGGCCAGUGAGAAGUAUGCCGAGGUCAUUCAGCGAUGGGUCACUUCAAAACAGCACCAGCAGCUUCUUGGACAGGCGGCAGUGGAGAACCUGGCCGAAAGAACCCUCCACCUUUGCAAUGCCUGUCCCGAGAACAUCAUGCCCCUCAACAAAAUGAGAGCCCUCGACCCAGACGCAAAGAAGACAAAUCAAACCCAUGCGAGAAAGGAGUUUGAGUUCCCUUCAUUUAUCAAGGAAGGUCUCGAGAAGCUGCAUAUCCCAAUGCCCCGAGGGAUGAAUGGCUUAGCCAGUACCAAGGAACACAUUCAACAAAAGAUACCUCAGCUCAUCAGCGCAGCGGUGGAUAGUUUCCCUUGCCGACUAUGCUCGGAGAGACUGGCAGGAGUUUUCGCCCCCCUUCCUACGAUGGAAGAUGAUCCCAACGUUUACCCAAUUGCCACGACUGCGGAGCAGAUCAAUCUCUACGGCGAGCGUGUCGGGGCCUGGAAAGUUCUCCUUUCCGACAUGGCGAUGGAGAAAAUCAAAAAGCUCAUCGAAGAGGGAAAAUUCCCACAGGUGGAAUACAAUCUCCGAGAGCUAGCUCAAGGGCGAGGCUGGAAAAAGCGAACCCGGCAAGUACCUCAUGGAUCGAAGGUAGAUUCGAUGCCCGUGAUCCCCCUUCGCUAUAGCCCUCUUCCUGGAGGUAUCUUCAUCUUAUGGCAGGUCGAUGUCGGUUACUAUGAUGAGUUGACGGCACGAAAGCAAUUUGGCCAAAUCAUCAAAGUUUGGGACAUGGUCAACCGCGAACAGCUUCUUCCGGCGGUCGACCGCAUAAUCGACCUGCAGCAGUAUUUCACUGAAGACACCGUGGAUGUCUGCAAACAGGCCCCAACCAAGCUCCCCGACGGGAGCUACGUCCCUCAGCGCUGGGAGAUUUUGCCAGUUUAUAACUCUACGAGUCAACCCAAAAAGGCGGCUAAUAAAAGUCAAGUCUUGGUCGACCUGCUAGGAAAAUUUACCAAUGUCACGGACUCGUUUCUCAAGGCUCUUUCAAAUACAAAGGGUUACGAGGAGUUCCCAUUCGACCUGUCACAGGAAGAGAUUGCAAUCGUCAACCAUUCCAAAACAUCAAGUUUGAUACUGGGACGAAGUGGUACUGGCAAGACAACAUGUCUUCUUUUUCAGCUUCUUGGUAAACAUCAAGCUCGAGAAGCCAUUCCACAUUCGAACAGAAUGAAACAGCUCCUGCUCACCCGGUCUCCUCAUCUGGCCGCAAAACUCAAGCUUUACGCAAGAAAUCUGAUUGACACUGCGUUGGGUAUCUCCAGUCCCUGGAUACCACCGGACGAGGAGCCAGAUGAAAUCUUGAAGUUACAAGAUGUGAACUUCCCGUUUGUCUGCACGUUCGACAAAUUUCUUGGGAUGUUGGAGAAGAGCAUGCAAAAUGCCGACCGACAAAAGUUCAAUGAAGGAAACCGUGCAAGAUCGAAAGGCAAAUCCGAGCAAAAAGUUAACUUGAAAGCAGCCCCAGUCAUUGAUUUUCAUAUUUUCAAGUACGAGUACUGGGGCUGCCUUUCCGCAUUUGCCCCCCAAGGAUGCCCGCCGGAACUCCUUUUUGCAGAAAUCAUGGGAGUCAUCCGGGGGUCAAGAAUCUGUGCUCAAAGCCUGCGUGCACUUUCCCGUGACGAAUAUGUGCCCAAGGGAUCGAAGGUAUCGCCUGCUUUUCCAGGCGUGGCAGAUCGCGAAAAGGCCUUUGAUGUCUAUGAGCGGUAUGAGAGGCUGAAAAAGCAGCGCGUUCAAAUUGAUGAUUUGGACCGGGUCAUGGAUUUGCUGAAAUACAUCGCGGAGGACGUGAAUUUCGCAUCUCAGUUACGUCGUUGUUUCGAAGAGAUUUACGUCGAUGAGAUCCAAGAUCUAAGAUGUGUCGAUAUCGUUCUGCUUUUCAAAGCCGUGUUCAAUGCUCGUGGGAUCCAUUUAGGUAACAACUUGGCGGGCGAUACUGCGCAGUGCAUUUCGAAAGAUUCGGUGUUCCGCUUCCCCGAAGUCAGAGCUGCCUUCUUUGACGAACAUAAGUCUACUGCGGCCUUCUUGAAACAGAACGUUGCCAAGCCGAGCCAGUUUAUGCUGGCAAGAAACUACCGUUCCCACCAGGGCAUUCUGAGCUUCGCGUCGUGGGUCAUGCAAGUGCUUUGGAGUGGAUUCCCCGAAACCAUCGACAAAUUGAAUCCUGAGGUUGGCCAGAUCGAUGGCCCAGUACCCAUCAUUUUUGCUGGAUUUGAUUGCUCUGUUCUCUCGUCGAAAAUGAUCGGUGUGACGAAAAUGAACGACAAAGUAGCGAACUUUGGAGCUGAACAAGUAAUCCUUGUGCGAGACGAUGAUUCGAAAGUCAAAUUACAAAAUGAAAUCGGCGAGGUGGCUUUGGUUCUCACAGUUCUUCAGAGCAAAGGAAUGGAAUUCGACGAUGUCCUCAUCUACGACUUCUUCGGGGGUAGUGGUCUUGGAAGCAGCUAUCGAUGUCUACAUUUGCUGGCGCAAGAGCCGCGCGGCGAAUUUGAUUCGAGGAAGCAUGCGCAACUCUACGUCGCAGUGACCCGGGCACGGAAGCAGUUAUGGUUCAUGGAAACCAGCGAAAGUGCCUUGGAUUCAAUAGUCAAAGCACUCACUGAGAACAACAGCCUAGCGCUCGUUGACGUUGCAAGGAAGAAAGACGAGCAAUCUACAGAAAAGCUAAAGGCUCUUCGAGCAGGCGGUUCCGUCGAUCCCACGCAGUGGAAGAAGCGAGCAACACAGCUUUUCCACCAGAUGAACUACCAAGCGGCUAUUUUCUGCUAUAUCAAGGCCGGCGAUUCCGAAGGCGCUGAGCGUGCAGAGGCAUUCGAUUGCCGUCGAGAGGGUAGAAGUCGAAAAUUCUCAGACAUCGAUGGAUCAACAAGAUACUUUGAGAAAGCAAUCGAGCUAUUCCUUGGAAUAAAUAUGCUGGAAGAUGCUGCGGAAUGCUACGAGCAAAUUGGCAAACAUGAAAAGGCUGCCGAGAUUUGGAAGAACCAGGGCCAGCUUCAGAGGGCGGCCAAGCUUUACGAGCUAGGGCUGUUCUUCCAAGCUUCAUCGGAAUGCUACGACGCUGAUGGAGAUUUUGAGAAGGCUGUUGAAGUCCUUCAAAGAGGAGAUCAGUUCGACGAUCUUAUCAUCUACCUUGGCCGGAAUCCCGACAAGCUCGAUGCCAAUAUCCGACAACGGUACUCACGCCUAUGCAAUAUUCUGCUGAAACAGGGACGAAUUUCUUCCCACUUGAGAGUUGCGACUAUCAAUCUUCUUGGAUCCGAAGCCGAAAAGGUCAACUUCUUCAUCGAGUUUGACUUGAUGGAUGAUCUUUGUUCGUACUACGCCGCGAAUGAAAACUGGAUCCAACUAUAUGAGACACAUGUCGAAUACGGAAACGUGCUAGAAGCAGUGGAAACUGUGAAAGAGCACAACUUGGUCAGCGAAGUCGAGCCAGAAACCUUUAAACAAGUCUUGAACUAUGCCAUAGUGUCAAGUAUGUGGUCCAGGAAAGGCGUUCUCGAAGUUGGAUUUUUCGACAAAGCGAAACAAAUUUCCGAGGACUUUCACGAUGUUAUCUGGAUCAAGGAUCACUUCUCCGGGUGGAAAAUUGUCUUUGACAUGUUGGAUGUCACGAUGGAAGAUCUCGGAGAUCCCAAAGCCUUUGAGUGGAUGCGACUGCCGGCUGAUGCCAUUUUGUGCAAUUAUGGUUAUCUUGCUUUGGUUGCGUUCUGUUUCCAAAGGCAUCUGGGAGUAUCUACGACUAGCUCACCCCAGAAUCUCACUCGGAAUCACACAAUGAAUGAAGCCGGGAGCCAAGCAGGGAAUCUAACCCAGAUUUCAGUCCAAAGUCCUACUCAGCAUCAAGCAAGGGGCUCACUCUGGAGCUCAUAUCAGAACCGAGCCCAAACUUCAACUCAAAAGCUGAAAAUUAAAAAUUCAGAGGUGGCACCACUCUACCUUGCUUGUGGGAUAUACACCCUCGGUAGACACGAAAAGGGGCCUCUUAAGCAAUACUGGGCAAGUUAUUGCUCGCCAGUCUCCGAGUUUGAUUCCGAUGACACAGACGAUGCAAUUGCCCUGCGGGCUAUAACGUGGGCUCGGGACAUGUUUGCUCACGCCAUGGAUCUCUUCGAUAAGUCUACCAGAGAGCUAAAUGCGCAGGAAUUUCCCAGGCAUUGUACACCUUUUUUGCUACGGGGAUUGUGUAUGAAGAAUCGAACAGGGGAUUGCAGGCAGCUUCAUGAGCGACCGAACUCUGAAAAAUGCCGACAAAAUUUGGCGUCGCUGGUUAUAAUUUCGAGCUUCUACGCCGAAAUGACCAGGAUAUAUCAGCGCAAAGUCAUGGCGGAUUCCUUUCAGAAACAGUUUCUAGGCCGCAGAAGGUAUUGGCUACAGCAGCUUGAAGAUAAGAUGAAUUUUGUGACGCCCCUGGAACAAUCCGGCGAAGUUAUCAUGGAUACCCGGUAUCUACUUCAACGAGCAGAUCACCAUUGCCUCGCAGCUUGUUUGGAAGACGCACUUCUUUAUCGAAUGAAGAAGCACUGGUACGACAUUCAUACCCUCACUGGUAUUUUGGAACAGAUUCAGAUUGCUUUCUCCCUUGGGCCGGGGGCAACGACAAUAUUUGCGCGGACGCUUAUGAGAAAGUUAACUUCCAUUCAACUAAGCCGUCAGCUGUCCUCUAAUCACGCAUUGAUUGCGACUAAAGAGGCCCUUCGAGCCCUGGAGAGAGUGCGCCGAGCAGCUCCAAGAGCACGCCAAAACUUGGAACGAACAGAGCUGGCGCGUGCCCUUCAUGACUUUCUCGGUGCCGCAAGAAGCACCAACAUAUUGUUCUUGUCAACGUUUCACCCUAUUAUUUCCGUCAUUGAGUUUGGAGUCACGGCUUUUCUGUGUGCAAUGAACCCGGGCAAUGCUGUUGUCUUGCCAUCCUCCUGGGCCUUCCUACAUUUGCCUGAUAUCAUCAGAUCUCCACUCGAGUUGAGCGAUGCGGAACCACGAGAUAGGGACAGAAUGGAAUGCAUUCUGCCUCUCCGAGAUAUCAUUAUCUCAUUCUGCAUUCUUUUCGAGAGGCUUGAGAAUGAAAGUCGGUCGACCCAAUUGCCAUUACAAAUCAAGGGCCGACAAACCUUCAGGUCUCCAGCUGUCCCGAAACGACGAAUUUUCGACCUGCUGCUCACGGUGCUGCUUAAUUUAUCCCACUACCCUUCUCGACCACGUGGAAUAGAUUCUUUAUCAGCGCGGAUCUCAAAGGUAUGUAUAUCUCCCUUCGAAUUUCAUGAUCCCAUCAACCAUGAGAUUUCGAAUGCUAACAACAACCUUGGAAUAUCACAGACCCUAGCACUAGUAGCCCCACCCAACUGGGCCUCCCACACGAUAGAAUCUCCAGCCAAGCUGCGUGAAGGCGUGAAGACUCCGUAUUCAUGCUAUGCCGGGAAAAAUACCCUCCGAGUUGUCACAUUGAACGACAAAGGUACCGCCCCAACAUACCUGCAAGGAUUCGUCGACGCUUCGGCACCAGUCUUGAGGGUUAGCGAGUGCUUGAAAAAUCAACGACAAGGUCAAUUUGAACAAGAUGACCAAGAUUCUUCUGCCGCUCGGUCGCUGUUCAUCGAGUCCUCGCAUUCCGAUGAAUACUCGCCGGCUGAGACAAACAGCGUCUCGUUUCUCCAAAGGCGAUGGAGACGAACCAAGAAGAUUUUUGAUGAAAAACGCAAAUCCACCAAGAGCAUCCACGGAAAAUCCAACCUUGUCUUGUAUGAUUAUUGCCAAUCGCUUUUGAGUGCAAUAAAACGAGGGGAACCUCUUAUCCCCAAAUCCUACCAUGUUGGAUUCCGAUAUCUAAUGUUCACCCGUGGGUAUGAAUUCCUGGUUGAAGAGGACCUGGUGAAAACGAUGCUUGGUACUAUGAGAGAUAGCCUUCGCUCCUUGUUCAAAAAUAAGGAGCUACGAGCAACCGAAUUGGAGGCAUUGGACAUUCUCAGGGGCGACUUAUGGGCAGCUGAAAAGUCCUUCAGAAACAAUUCGGAGCAGCAUGUUUUGUCAAGACUGGAGGCGAGAAUACAUGACAGCCCUAUCACCGAGGUGAUAUCUAUUACGGAUACCAUACUCCAGGAUGCGUUGGACGCCACUGAUUCACUGGCCCUCUACGAUAGAAACUACUAUCUGCUCGGCUAUAAUCUUGGUGGCGUCUCGUUUGCAUGGGAUGACUCAGCGUGGCCGUGGGGAACCAAAACGUCACUGGAAGUUGGCCGUCGGGAAACUUUUGUCCUUUCAACACCUCCAACCAUGGCGACCCCUCGACUCCCCUUCCUCUACCCGAGUCUGAUGCGGGCUGUCCGGUCAUGCCAACCAAGGACCUACCGAUCACUUCAAUUUGCACGUUCCCGCACCUUUCACGCCAGUCGGGUACGCCACCAGCAGGCCUACCAGCGACGAUAUGGUCCAGCCGUUGAACCGAGCAUGCGUCCCGACUCCUCCAAGCCCGCUGAAAACACAUCAGACCAGGUCGCGGACGGCUCCACCCCGGAUUCCUCCACGGAAACACACGAUGCCAUUGACGCUGCUUCUGCCUCUGAAUCUACGGAUUCCCCGGUUGUAGAUACUACGGACCAAUCUGCCGCCGAACCGACCACGACAGAGGCCUCUAUCGAGCCCGAAAUCGAGGAGGAACAAGUUGAAGAUGAAAGCCCGGAAAACCCACAUUCUUCCUCUAACGCCUUCGAAGAAGUGUACCAUAUGCCCUCUCCAUCAACAUAUCUCACCCCAUCCGGGGAACCGAUUUCCUCCGGCAAGAAACCCCCACACCUGAGUCCCGCGCCUUACGUCCACCAUUUCGAUACCUACUCUUUAGUCCUCGAUCUUCACAAAGGCGGUUACACCAAUGAGCAGUCAAUCACGAUUAUGAAGGCUGUCCGAAGCAUCUUACAAAAUAACCUCGAUUUCGCAAAGCAAAGCCUGACCUCCAAGUCCGACGUAGAGAACGAGUCCUACCUUUUCAAGGCAGCUUGCUCAGAACUUCAGCAGUCGCUUCAGACCGCCCGAAACUCCGAGGUCCAACACUCGCGCGCGUCGAGGGGCCAGCUAGAGCACGAAAUCGACAUUCUGUCCCAGCGGCUUACCCAGGAACUUUCCGGCAUGAAGGAUGAGAUCAAAGGCAUGUUCAAUGACCACAAGAUGUCUACGCGCGAACAACAGCGGAUGAUUGAUACUUCGGUUCAAGAAUUGAACUACAAGAUCACCGUGUCUCUCAACAGUGACGGCAAGAGUGAAGCUGAGGGACUUCGGUGGAUUCUGACAAGACGCGCCGCGUUGACUGUUGCCACCUGUGCUUUCAUGGCGAUCAUCUUCCUGAAGUACGCUUCAACCCGCAAGGUGCAGGAGCCGAAGGCCGUCAAGGAGGUAGAGCAACCUGUCGCGAAAGAGGUCGCCAAAGAAACCCAUAUCGUCCACGACUCCGGGGCCCAGAAGAACUCACCAUCUAUUGCCGAGGCGCACCUUGGCGAAUCUCUGGGCUGA